CGCUCUAACCAAAAACAUAUCCCUUGCAUGGAGAUGCAUGCCUCAAAAUAAACAUAGUAGUUAAUCAAUAUGCAUUUGUCCUGAGAAUGAGCCCGAAUCAAUCAUUUCAGCCAUAAUUAUUUAUUGCCACGCACACGGUGAUAGAGUGGUUAAUAAUGUACAUCCAUGAAGCUUGCAAAGCCAUUGUAUGUCAUGGUCACUAUGGUGGAUGCCCCUGGUGUCUGUUUCACGUGUCAGAACGGGGGAAUGACUUUUGUGGUGACUUUGGGUUUGUUGGUUCACUUUAUUAGCUUCUGUCCUUGUCUUUGCUAACAUUGUGCCCACUUGGGCACUCUUACCUCUUCCACAUGUGGAGGCGCUUACUCUCUGCCUCUCUCCCUUCUGUCUGCCCUCCUGCGGUGGCUCCUUUCCUCCUCCGUGUCCUGUGUAGCUCUCUCAGCGUCAGGCCCUGUCACUCGCUCCCAGCCCGUGGUACCACAGCAACUCGCGGCCCUGAAGGCUGAGGGCCGCGAGCUGCGCGUGGUGAUGAACACCAACGACCCCGAUUACGAGCACAUCUACUCCAUCGAGAACUACGACGACCCCUUAGAUGAGCUGCUGUAUUUCCCUCCUGCUGACAAUCACACUGACGGGGAGGCUGACCGACAGGAGUCAGAGAAAAUGGUUAAAGUUGAGGCAAAAAAAACACCCAAUGUAGUGAGAGCUGGUGGAGCGAGAGGUGGCAAAGUUCCAGCUCUGAAACCACCCAAGCCCAGAACAGUCAGGUCUCUGAAAAAAGCCCAAGCCGAAGCUCCAGCAGAAGCAUGCCUCCUGCCAAUGGAGGAGGGCAGCUGCGUGCGUUUCACUUUGCGUUGGUACUUUAACAGCCACGUCCAGGCAUGCAGGCCUUUCAUUUACAGCGGCUGCGGAGGAAACGACAACCGCUUCCUCUACUUGGAGGAGUGUGAGGAGGUGUGCCUUGGCAAGGUUCAAGGGUCUCCCUUGCUGCAAACAGCCCGGUGAUGGUGACCGAGUCCUUCUCUGCACAGGAACGUCGGGCUCUCUAUAGCUUUUAAAUCAUUCUCUUGUUACAUAUCAACGGUAAAUAUUUGUUUUUCUUUAUUUAUUAUUAUUUUCCCACUGAACCACACUUGAUACUUUAGCAUUAUCCUUCUAAAUGCAUGCACAAAACAUCCCAACAUGGUGCUUAUUAAUUUAAAAGGCAACUGUGUUUAUUAACAAAGUAUUCAUACUGAAGAUAAGCUUAGCAUUGUUUGUAGAACUUUUUCUCGCUGUUUAGCAGUUCAUGUAGGGCAGUGACUCCCAGCCACUGUGCUGCGGCACAUUAAUAUUCCUGUGGGAAAUUAUAAAAUUUCACUUAAAUGGCCCAGAAAUUCCUCUAUUCAUCUAUCAUCCACCGUAUAGUGACAGGCUGAACAAUUACAUGCUUGUCUACUAGAUAACAAAAGGUGUGUCCACUUUUUGCCUUUCGUACAAGAGAAUAAUAGCUUUUUUGUUGAACUAAACAGGCCACAUUUCACACUAAGUACAUUUGUGAGUAAAAAGAGAUGGGAUUCUCAUUAUUUCGGCAUAUGUUCUUUCUAUGACAUGUUUUGUUUGGUAGUGUGCCAUGAGAAUUUUCAAAUGUAAACUAUGUGCCUUGACUCAAUGGUUGGGAAACACUGCUGAUGUAAAGUAAUAACAACAAGGAAUUUGUAUCUUAAAUUAUAAUACAAUAUUCCCUCAGGAAGUAACAGUAUUGUGACUAUUUAAUCCUUUUAGAACUUCUGAACUCCAUGAAAUGGUUUAUUGUGGGGAAAAAAUAUUGUGACCAAAGGGUCUCAGCUUGAAUAUCCCGAACUAAAAUACCGCUCAAUAGUCCAUUACUAUAUAAUCAUGUCUUCACAACCAAUGGUUACACUUGAAGAUGAAGGCAUUUUAUUUUGUAUGUUUUUGUCAUUUGGGGAAAGUGUGUUUCUAUGCGUGGAUGCAUGUUUACUCACCAGAAAUGAAUUAUACAGAAAGUAAAAGUAUGUGGUUUUCCAUUUCGAAUAAACUGAGUGUAAACAGUUUCCUGGUGUGUGUGAAC